UGAUUGUGUCAAUUCAAUCAACAACGAUUGCUCGGUAAGGGCAACGCCAUCUCCUGCAACAUAGACAGUGAAGUGAAGCAAUUGAUUCUGUCCCAGUGAUACUCCAACCAAGCGCCCCUAAUCAUGGCCAGCCGGAAGAUAACACCCAUGUUUAACGAUUACGUGUACGAGGCGAUCCGACGGAUCGCGGUCGAGCAGGGCUUUACGCCGGAUCUGUUUUCGGUGGAUUUUGACGAGGAGACGCGCCUCGAGUGUGACGGGUACGUGAGCUUCGUGUUCAAGGCCAUCAUCAAUGGAGACGACCGGGAGUUUACGCUGUGGUGCAAGGUGCCGCCAAACGAUGACAAACGUUCGCUGGAGUUGUUCAAGCGUGAGUGCUUCUUCUACCGCGAAACGUUGCACGGGUUCUACGAGUUCCAGGCGGAGAAAGGGGUGCCGGAGGAGUCUGGUGAAGGGUUUUACGCGACACCGAAAUGCUAUCUGGCACACUGCAACACGGACAAACCGGAACCGGAGGCGUUGAUCAUGCUGGAGUACAACGAAGCGUUCGAGACGUGGGACUGGGACAAGCUGGAACCGAUCAAUCUGGAACAUACGCGUCUGGUGAUGCAGCAGCUCGGCCGAUUGCAUGCGCUAUCGUUCGCGAUGAAGGAACAGCGCCCGGAAGCGUUUGAUCAGUACAAGCAGGCCGGUGUGGUCGCCGGGGAGCAGGACAGCGGUUUGAUCACACUUAUGAAGGAGUCGUUCGAUCGCGCACUCACCACCAUGAAAACCCGGUUCGAGACGGAACAGGAGCGUAUCACCGCGGUGAAGGAUGCUGUGUUCGAAAGUCUCAAGAAGUGUUGCGAUCCGGCCACUGCAGAACCGUACUGUGUGGUCACGCACGGAGAUUGCUGGAUCAAUAAUCUUAUCUACUCGCAUAAUGAGAACAACGUGGCAACGGGGGUUAUAUUGACUGACUGGCAAUCAUCCCGGUACGCUUCACCCAUCCUGGAUCUGUGCUACUUCUUCUUCAUCUCUGCCGGGGAACAGUUCCGGCGGGACCAUAUGGAUAGUUUGCUGCAUCAUUACCACGCCACGUUGGCAGACUUUCUCGCCAAACUCGGUGGGGAUGCAACGCGUCAGUUCCCGCUGACCACGCUGCUGAGGCUCAUGAAGCCGUACCGCGAUUUGCUCGGGAGCUAGUUGCCUGCACAUCCCGCGAUCGCGUUGCGAGUUCGUUAACCAUAUUCCGUUGUCGUGGAAACGCAUCGAGAGCGCUGUGGUCGGAACAGUGGUUACCGAUCCGAUGUGAUGCGCGGGACCAUCGUUAGGCACCAACAAAAAACGUGCAAGUUGACGUGAAAUCGUUGCUUAGAGGGCCAAUGAACAAGCCCUGCACGAAAGAGACGUACAUUGAGACACACCUGAAAUGAGGGGUCCGAUUGACUGUACGGCCGUAAAUAUAAAGUCAGAUAAGAUACCUCUCGUUUGAAUGAUUGCGCUGUUGUGGUGACUCGCUGGAAAGA